AUGAGAAGAGAGAAAUGGAGAAGGCUGAAGGAGUCAUGGAGCAACUGGAGAAGGAGAUUGAGGAGCUGAAGAGGAGAGAAGCUGAGCUGAAGGAGCUUUCAGAGACCAAGGACCAUCUCCAAUUCCUGCAGACUUUCUCAUCUCGCUGUGUCCUUCCUGCUGAUGGAGACUCGCUGAGCUUCACUGUCACUGCUGAUUUCUCAUCUGAGGACCUGAGAAAGGAGCUGUCAGGUCUGAUAAAGAGUCUGGAGAAGAUCAGCCAGUGGGUCAUCAUGACAAGGAAUCCAUCAGCUCAUGAAGCUCCAGUUUUCGCCCUCCAGCCUCCUGAACCUCAGAGCAGAGACGACUUUUUAAAAUACUUCUGUCCCCUCACACUGGACAUCAACACGGCAAACAGAGUCCUCCAUCUGUCUGAAGGGAACAAGAAGGUGACAAGUGAUGGGACAGUGACUGAAUAUCCUGAUCAUCCAGAGAGAUUUGAGUGCUGGCCUCAAGUUCUGUGCAGAGAGGCUCUGACUGGGACUCGCUGUUACUGGGAGGUGGAGUGCACUGGAGACUUCAUGAGGAUUGGAGUCGCAUAUAAAGGACUGAGCAGGAAAGGAGCGAGCUUGGAGUGCGGACUUGGAAACAACGACAAAUCCUGGUGUUUGCUGUGGUAUAAUUCCCAGUACUCUGUGUAUCACAAGAAACAGCAGACUUCGAGGCUCAGUCGGUGCUGCGAUCUCAAAGUGUCCGCCAUUAACACAAGACGGGCUGAGACAGUCCACGGUUAUGUGCGCACACUCGGGAGAUUUAAGGAGCGCCGGGAAACGAUAAAGGAGAACAUCAGUGAUGAAGACACCGAGGAGAGAGCGACAUCUACAGAGGGAGUGUCUGUGACUAUUAUGGGAUGGCUUGGGAAGAGAAAGUCGGCUGAGCAAGAAGGAGCACUUGAGCUGGACGAGUGGCGCAAAUCUGUAAGAAUUUGA